AUGCCGACACAAUUUGUUGACGCUAAUUCAAACGAAAUUAGAGCUAAAAUAGCAUACAAUGGUGAGGUUCUUGUAACCUAUAUAGACCAGACAAUCACUCUUGAGCAGCUAUGCCAAGAAAUGAGAGAAAUUUGCAGAUUUCCCUUCGAUCAGGUUUUUACCAUGAAAUGGGUUGAUGAGGAGGGAGACCCUUGUACAAUAUCUUCCCAGAUGGAACUGGAUGAAGCUGUUAGGCUGUAUGAAGUCAACAGAGAUUCUGAACUAACUAUACAUGAAGCUCUUCAACUUACUAUAAUUUCAGAAAUCAAUUUAUGA